CUCGGUAGCAGGACCAUGUUCAGUGAGCUGUGUCGGGAGACUCUCAAGAGGUCGGUCAUCGAGGGCAUCCACGCCUUCCAGGACCUACUGCACUCCAGGACACGUGGGGGUGGUGAUGGUCGAGAGAGUAGUGGUGGGUCGGGGGGCAGCGCACCCUCCGCCAACGGCCACUCAAGUCAGCAGCAACAAGAACAGCAAUCCCACUCAGCCGCCAGCAAAAGGAGCCCAGCCCAGAAGGGGCAGGUAUCGUUCACGGUGGUCACGAGCGACAUCGACAUAGGCGAGGAUGGGGCGAGUAUGAGCGGCCCUGAAGCCUCAUCAGGAACAACAACAGCAGCAGCAAAUAACACAGGUUUCCAGGGCCUGCCGCCCCUACCCCCGGGCCGCAGCCGGUGGUCAUGUAGUGUGGACACUACAGAUGCUUAUUGGUUUGCACAAGAUGAUAACACACCGCCAAGUAAACAACAAAGAGCUUCAUUUGCAGGCCCUAAUGACCUAAUUUUUGGAGAAGAUGAUAGAUCCUCUGGCCUGUCUUACAAAGACAGAGAAGACAGGGUGCGGCAGUUGAGGGAGAGGCAGCAGAUUGAGAAGCAACAGAAGCUAGAGGAGCUCAAGGAACAGGGCCACCAAUCCAAGGCGGCAUUAGCACAACGUUUCCGAGAACAUCAGGAAAAUGAGAGAAGGCGACGCCUGGAAGAGAUGAGGUUACGGGAUGCCGACCGGCGCUCACAGGUAGAGGAACGUAAGCGAAUAAUUCAGCAGGCAGAACAAGAUCGAAGGGAGGCUGUGAUAAGGAAGAAUACUCAGGAGCGUGAUCACCGUAUGGAAUCAAAGCGACGUAAUGAGAGAAGCAACAUUGUGUUCGCAUUUGGCAGUUCUACUCCUCGGAUGCUGGACCCCAAAGACAGCUCUACCAAUGCCUCAUACUGGAGUUCACGCAGAGCAACCUCAACCACCAAUGUUCAUCUCGUUGAUACAUCCAUCACUCGACGUGCAUCAGAGUGUGGUGAAAUGGAUCUGAGCCGUAAACGAGCAACUUCAGCACAGGGUCUAGACAGGAAACCAGAAGACCUGCGUAUGUCAAGCUCGAUGUAUGAAGUGUUUCACUGGGAUGAGAGCAGCUCCUCCCACCAAAACCAUCCCCCUUCUACCCAAGGUACCCGGCUGACCAAGUCUCGUGACUCGUCACUGGAACGCAAGACCCCUCCUUCUGCCCUUAUUUGGGUCAGAUCCUCCACUCCUCAGCCUACUAAGUCAUCUUCUCUUCCCCUUUCUUCCAAAGAUGCUUCUGCUCCCCCUUCUUCCACAUCCUCCUCAUCCUCAGACAAAACCCCGACAAACUCAUCCCAAUCACGUUUCUGUGUAUGGGAGUUUGGGGAUAACUUCGCUGCACUGGGUCCCGCAAAUCAAAGUAGCGGCGGUAGCGGCAACCCGGCCCCUUCCUCACCGGCUUCAACACCCACAUCUUCCACGUGCUAUUCUCGUAGAACUGCUUCUGUAUUUACUGGGGCUGGGUGCACUAUUGGUGGUGAGGACCUUAUGACAAGAUCGAUGACUGCUGCAAUCCCAGCAUCUGCAGAGCACCUGAUACCAGCAAUGCCAUCUCUCACGACAUCCGGCACCAGCCGUAGCAGUCCACGCCACCGGUCGCCAGGCAUGCGUAGUGGGACAGUGACCCCGAAUUCUCCUUCCCGUCCUACCUCUGCUCUGAGUCAAGGGUCCAACAACAGCAGUCAAGUGUCCCUCAGGUCAAGAACCUCUCCUCGCAAACCUCGCCCACUCAGCAUUGCUGGAACUUCAUUGUCUUCUGCAGAUAAACCCAGAGAUCCAACUACACCAUCAAGGGAAAGCAGGCCUAUGGAGAGGAAAUUGUCAAUUGGAUCUACUUCAUCAACGAGUAAGCCCACAAGAGCCAAAAGUGCUGGCUCUGAUAGGAGUGCACCAGCCACUCCAGCUCGCACUCCAGUUAAGGCUGCAACCCCCAAGAAAACUCCAUCACAAGUUAAAGCUGAAAGUGCUGCGAAGAAAGCAGUUGAGAAAAGUAAAACUACACCUAAGACAAAAUCAACACCAAAGACCACACCAUCACAAUCCCCAGCUGUUGAGAGCAAGCCACUUCCUGGAACCAAAGAGGACAAAAAGAAGAUAAAGGAAGAUAAAACUUUAGAAACAAAAUUAAAGGUACAGAAAAGUAAAACAGAAAGUAUUAAUGAUGAUAGUGUUACUGAAAUGCAAUCAGCGGCAAAAACCAAUGGUGCUGAUUCACAGCUGGAGGCAAUAGUUGUUGAUAAUCUACAACCUGAAAAAGACAUAGGUGCCCAAAUUGAACCUACUUCAGAGGAUUCACAGGCACAAGUUGAACCUGUAGUUGAGGAAUUAGCACUUGAAACUAAAAAACUAGUUGAGGAAUCUGUGAAGCCUGAUGGUCCCACAGUUGAAGAAACAGAGUCUCAAGGUAAACAGCCUAGUCAGACAUCAGAAACUCUUGCUCAAGAUGAGAAAUUGAAAGACGAAUCUAAAGACAAACUUGUGUCUGAAGAAAAACUGAGUGUUCCAGAUAUCCAAGAGAGCUCAAACAAGCUAACUGAAGAUGAUAAAAUUGGAGAACCUGAGAAAACAUUAGCCCAGAAAGCUGCAGAGAAGCCUGUAACUGGAUAUGCUACAGAAGAAGAAUACAAAGCAGCUUUAGCAGAAAAACGAAGAAUUGCUAGAGAAGCAAAAGAAAGGGAGCUAGAAUUAGAACGACAGAAAAAGCUUGAUGAGGAGGAGCGUGAAAGAAAGGAGGAAGAAGAAUUCCUAAAAAUGAUUGCGGAGCAGAAAAAAUCAGAAGAAGAACGUCUGAGGAAAGCUAUAGAAGAAGCCGAUCGAAACCGUGAAGAAGAAGCAAAGAGGAGGGAGGAAGAAGAAAAACAGAGAGAAGAGGCUGAACGUUUAGAACAGCAAAAACGUAUAGAAACAGAGGAACGUCUGAGACGAGAGGAAGAAGAACGUCAAGCUCGUAAAAGUCGUGUGGCCGCUAUAAUGGCCAGGACUCGCGGGAAAGGGGGAUCAAAUACUCCUACAAAGGCUGAAGCAAAAACACCUUCAGAUGAAGCUAAGAAUUUUGGUGAUGGAGAGAUGAGCAUUAGCAUGACUGACUCCAUGAUGUCCUCUAUUAUUGCUUCUGAAUCCCAGUCUGAGCCAAGAACCGACUCACAGCCAGCCACAUCUACAUCAGACUCUCAAGCAAGCACUCAGCCACUUAGUGAUGUUUCUUUACAACCAGCUAGUGAUGUGAUAUCUCAGCCUUCAAGUGACACUAAUGCUGCACCAACUAGUGAUGUAUCCUUAAAAUCCGAUCAACAUCAUACGGAUUCAAGUUCACAGAGUCAAACCACUGAAAUAGCUGUUGAUUCUAAAUCUUCUGUUAGGGAGGAAGUGAUGUAUUCAAAGGUUGAGGUGACCUCUACCACAGAAAACUAUCAGGUGGAUGACCUCAUUAGUGGUAUGUCUUCAAUUAAAGUGGAAGAACCACAUGUAAAUGGGGAUUCCCCAGUGCCCAUGGACACAACUCCCACUCAGUCUGUUGACUUGUUGGGAACCCUUAGUGAUGUACAUAGUGUAAAUCAUAACGGAGUAGAUAAUACACCACCACAAACCACUCAAGGGACGGACAACCUUCUAGGUUCUUUAGACCCUCUCAACUCCUCCCUCACGUCCACCACUACCAUCACCCCUGCAGCAUCAAACUUUGACCAGAUCAUUGACUUGGGCCAAACUAAGCUCAGUAAUGAAGAUGCUGUUAAUAGCAAUCCACCUUCACCAUUUAUAGCAUUUGAGCAGAAUUUGAACAAGAAGCAGAAUCAAGAGAAUAAUAGCACAGUUCCAGAUCUGCUGCUGUAAAUCUCUGGUUUUGUUCAUAUGCUCUAUGAUGUGCGAGUGUGAUUGUGAUUUUAAAAAACAACGUAUGUGAUAGUAGCACUGGACCUUAAUAUACAAGUGUGUGUGGUUGAGGAACAGAAAGGCCUCACUGCAUCACUUGCCACAUAACAGGGGUAAUGGGUUUACCAGUACCUGUGCUCCUUCUAUUGUGGCAUUUGUGCAAAAUAUUGAGGAUUUGUAUUAUUACCUCUGAUUAUGAAUUGGCAUGUCCCCAGUCAAAAAAAGGAAACCAGUUGCCUUAAUUGGUUAUUUUAGUAUCCAAAGUUUGUGAACUGCAAAUUCAUUAUGUUAUGUGGUGUGCAGAUGCAAGCACGAAUGCUAACCAGUUACUGGUUAUAAUCCUCAAGAUGUAAUGUAUCACUAUAGUCUUCUCAGAGAUCUGUCUUUCCAAAGGUUAGUAUCAUGUAGUAUGAGCCAAAAAACUGCUUUACAGAUUUAGACAGACAAAGAAAAUUUUAUCAUGACUGUGUUAUAGCAGUGUGUUCUGCGCUCCAAAAUAGAUAUUAUACAUAUUAAUUCUACAAUGGUAGACUAAUGCAGAAUGUGCUAGUUAUAAUUGUGCUAAAAUGUAUACUAAAUAAUUGACAUACAAUAUAUAUAUAUAUAUAUAUAU